AUGGAGUUUGGACAUAAGCUGUGUGGCCAUGAAAACCUUCUUGCGGUCCGAAAGUACGAUGAAACGUACCGCCGUCAGCGCAAACUUAUUAAUAGACAACUCGGCACCAAAUCUGACGCCGAGCCAUAUCAUGAUAUGAUGGAAGCAGAAGCUGGUCGAUUUCUUGUCCGAUCUUUGGAGAAGCCGAAAGGUCUCAUGCAACAUCUCAGAACGGCGACAGGUGCGACUAUCCUCAGAUUAACAUAUGGGUAUUGCAUCCAGACCAAUGAAGAAGACCCCUUGGUUGACCUUGUGGAGCGCGUGACGCGCAAUAUCUCGGAUGCGUUUAUGCCCAUGGCUUGGCUUAUUGAUAUCAUACCGGCUGUACAGUGCCUACCAGAUGGUUUCCCAGGCACUGCAUUUAAAGAAACAGCACGACAAUGGAAUAGCUUCAGCCAGGAAGUGGCAGAUAUCCCCUACUCGUUUGUUCGCAACCAGAUGAAAAUUGGGAGUCCCCGACCAUCUUACAUUUCGCGGAUCCUUGAGGAAAGAAGCAGUUCUGGUACUGGAGUUUCAACCUUGAGUCCGCCAGAAGAGGAAGCUGUAAAGUGGUCGGCAGCGACUCUAUACUACGCGGGCUCCGAUACUACCGUCUCAGCGCUAAAAAGCUUUAUCUUAGCCAUGGUUAUGUUCCCUGACGUCCAGCGAAAAGCACAAGAAGAGAUCGACAUGGUGACCGAGUGCAACAGCCUUCCCCAAUUCGAGGAUCGCGAUAAACUGCCAUACCUUGAGGCUGUAAUUAAAGAGGUUUAUCGAUGGUCUGUGGUUGUGCCGAUGGGGUUUCCGCACGUGUUAGAGGAGGAUAUGGUCUAUAACGGAUAUUUCAUACCAAAAGGGACAUACUUAUUGCCUGCAACAUGGUGGUUUUGCCAUGAUCCUGAAGUCUACACAAAUCCAGCAGUCUUUAAUCCAGAUCGGUUCUUAAAGCCUCGCGAUGAACCAGAUCCCAGGGCCGUGAUUUUUGGGUUUGGCCGCAGAAAAUGCCCAGGCAGAUACAUCACCGAAUCGAGCAUCUUCAUAACCAUCGCCCAGACACUUGCUGCGUUUCGUAUCAAAAAUGCUGUGGAUAUCCAAGGAUUCGAGAUACCGGUUGAACUAGAUGUCACACCAUCGCUUAUCAGCCACCCCAAGGAUUUUCUCUACGAUAUCGUGCCAAAGAGUCCAAAGCACGAACAACUCAUUCAGGCUAUUAAUACCGAGCACUCUUACGAGAAGGGCGAUACUUCUCUUCUUGACAAAGCUAGGACUAACAAACUAACAAAUUUACUACGCAGCAGGGCGUGGGAUGGACCACUGGAAUCACUGUAG